AUGGCGGUGGCGGUGCCCCCGGGUCGGGCGGGGGGCUCGGGCUGGGCCUGGCGGCCCGUGGCGCAGGACGCGCUUCUAGCUCGGGCCUUCCAUUCAUGCACCGAAUUGCAGGGACGGUUGUAUCUGGUGGGGGGUCUCCCAGCAGGAGGAGCAAGAGAGCCCAGCAGGGAUACGGUGGUCUUCGACCCGGCUGGGGGCCAGGCCGUGCGACUGGGAGCCCGGGGCAGCCCCCAGCGCAGUCACCACGACGCGGCACCCGUGGGCGGGCGUUGGCUGUGCGUGGUGGGCGGCUGGGACGGGUCUCGCCGCCUGGCCACAGUGGCCGCGCUGGACACAGAGCGCGGAGUGUGGGAGGCGUGGACAGCGACCCCUAGCAACUGUCCCCCUGCCGGCCUCAGCAGUCACACCUGCACCCGCCUCUCGGACCGUGAGCUUCGGGUAGCUGGCCGAGAGGGCAGUGUCCGCACUCAGCGACGUUAUGGAAGCAUCUACACCUUAAGGCUGGACCCCAGCGCCCGCAGCUAUUGCUACAAGGAAGAAGGAUGCCACACAGUCUCACGCUCAGGUCACUGUGCUGCCCUGCUCCAAACUCCUGGACCCCACCCAGGUCAUCAGCUAUUGCUCUUUGGGGGUUGCAACUCAGCUGAACCAGAAGUAGCUGGGCUUUGGAGUCAUGGGAAGAUUAAGACAGUUUGUUCUUUCUCCCCGCAAGGAGGAACCACCUGUUGCCCCUCAUUUGAUGGAACAGCUUGCAAGGCUUGUGAGCAGUGGGCAGGGGUCCCGACAGGGGCCCCAGGGACUACGGCAUCACUCGUGUUCUGUGGUGGGGCCCUUUGCUGUGCUGUUUGGUGGAGAAACUCUGACCAGAGCUAG